GCAUCCUUCCAUCUUCACGUGGGGGAUUUAAACUGGCUUCAGUCUCUAACGGAGGAUUCCCCCGCUCACAUAGUACAGAUCUUUUCUUUAAUGUUCCACGGGACUUUGUAGUGAGCGAGAGAGGCACACAGGAAAGGGAGAGAGAUAGACUUGCCUCCACUUCCUUUGUACCCAACCAGCUUGACAGAUGGCACUGGCAGAAUGAUCUUUGACUCCCUCCCAGCGACCAGUCUCUGCUCCACACACUGAGGCAGCAACUACGUGGGAACAUCAACACGCCGGAGCGCUGACGAGGCUCAAAGCUUGAGAAUGGACACGACUCGGACCUCUAGUGUCUUCUUAUGCUGCAGCGUCUUCAAAAUGAGGACAAAGUGACAACAAACAACCUCCUAACCUUGACCACAGCAACAUCAAUAUUCAAGGGCUAGCAUCUGGCAGCUGGCGCCUUCCUCUGCAAGCUUUAGAAAACGCAACUAAGGUAACAGCUUUGGCAACUUGGACAGUAGCAUAGCCCAUGUGUAAGUGACUGUGUGUAAUUUGGCCUGCCAGUCCCCAGGGAGGACCAGCAAAGGAGUAGGGUUACAGUCCCUGACAGGCCUUAUACAUGUUUCAUCUGCUUCGCUCAGAACAGAAGCCCCCUUUGUUAUCUAAUCCAGCCCUCUCCUCCGCAGCCUGAGAGACUGAGUUUACGGCCACAAGACUGCUCUUCACAGUCUGUCAGCAGGCGACUGAACUGAUACAUAUCAACAAACAGCUGAAGAGCAGCAGAAGGACUCAGUCUGGCCUCAGAUAUCCGCUAUCAGGACUUCUCGGCCAAUCGUUCCACUCACUGGCUCCCACGUGGAGAGAGAUUUAAAGUAACUAGAAGAACAGUGAGGGCUGCACGAGGCCCACGAAAGACUGUGAAGGAUCCUAAUUGUGCCUCAUCUCUUCUAAGCCUCAGCAUCUCAGCUUUUCACUAAUAGCCUUUCAAGCUGCAGAACUGCAAAAUCUGCAAUUCUUGUUUUAACAAAGAAUUGCUUUAGGGUUUGUGCUUUAGAGAGAUAGUCAGGACUAUGAGUGAUACUCUCAGACCCCCGUCACUCCAAGUAAGUGUUCCAAAUGAUGCUCCAGCAUACUCAGAUGGAGGAACCAACAAUGCUGUGUCUGACGGUUCUAUGCGAUCCAGCUCUUCGACCCCAACACUUCGUCGAAAACGAUUUAAGAUGCGCCGCAUGCGGAAUGUGCCCAGUGAGAGGGACGUCGAUCGGAGCCGUCUAACUGAAACCCACCUUACCGCCCGGUCACGAUCUGGCUCCAAGGAGUACCUUCAGCUGCCUUCCAUUGAGAUCACACCAUCUAGUGAUGAAGACGCUGCAUCCUCCUGGUCUAGCUGUUCGACACCAAGCGCCUCACCACGACGUAAGCGUUUCCUGUUGAGGAAGUGGCUCAAGGUUCGAGAGAAGAAGGAACCAGGAAGUGAGAGCAGCAGCCAACAGAGCAGCCAGCAGAGCAGCCAGCAAAGCAGCCAUGAAGAUGACAGCACUCGCUUCUUGACUCCGCUGAUCCGGGAGGAGAGGUCUGACAGUGCAGCGGACAAAAUCAGCACUGCCAGUAACUCAAACAAGAGCACACCCGCUUGCUCGCCAGUCCUGCGUAAACGCUCACGCUCUCCAACACCACAGAGCCAGGAGGGCGAGAACAUGGUGGAGAAGGGUUCAGACCACUCCUCUGACAAGUCCCCCUCCACGCCGGAGCAGGUCGUCCAGAGAACCUACUCCCUGCAGUCGGCACGAAGCGGUGGAAAGAACUCCAAGUCUCACAAGCGACUUUCCAAAUAUGACAGACUAAACCUGAUUAAAAAGAGCCAAAGCUGGUACAACCAUGAAAGACAACACAUCCUGAGAGUGCUGAGCCCGACGUAUAAACAGCGCAAUGAGGACUUUAGGAAACUCUUCAAGCAGCUCCCUGACACAGAGAGACUCAUUGUGGACUACUCCUGUGCUCUGCAACGGGACAUCCUCCUGCAGGGACGACUCUACCUCUCUGAGAACUGGAUCUGUUUCUAUAGCAACAUCUUCCGCUGGGAAACACUGCUGACAGUGCGCCUAAAGGACAUCUGCUCAAUGACAAAGGAGAAAACUGCCCGCCUCAUUCCCAAUGCCAUCCAGGUCUGCACGGACACUGAGAAGCACUUUUUCACCUCGUUCGGUGCCAGAGAUAGGACUUACAUGAUGAUGUUCAGACUCUGGCAAAACGCGCUGCUCGACAAGCCCCUGUGCCCCAAAGAACUGUGGCACUUUGUUCAUCAGUGCUAUGGCAACGAGCUCGGCCUCACCAGUGAUGAUGAGGACUAUGUUCCCCCAGAUGACGACUUCAACACCAUGGGGUUUAGUGAAGAGAUUCCCAAUGAGGAGAAUGAGAUCAACAAUGACAACUUGUCGAAGAGCAGCGCCGAGGCCAAGCCUGAGGGGAGUCCUCCUCCGCUCCAUAAGAAGGUGGUCCCUAACAGCACCAUACCCAGCCCAGGCAACCAUGACACCCCCAUCACGUUUGACCUCCCAGCAGAGGAGUAUGCAGACUGCCUGCCUGAUGGUGAGCUGUUGGCCGUCCCCCUGGUGGUAGAAGACAAGAGCAACGACACCAGUGAGCCUGGAGGUCCGGUGCCUUCACCUUCACUGGACUUCAAUGACAACGAGGACAUCCCCACUGAGCUCAGCGACUCCUCCGAAACACACGAUGAGGGUGAGGUGCAGGCCUUCCAUGAGGACCUAAAUGGCAGACAAUACAUCAAUGAGGUCUACAAGUUCAGUGUGGACAAACUCUAUGACAUUCUCUUCACUGAAUCACAGUUUAUGAGUGAUUUCAUGGAACAGAGGCGAUUCUCAGAUGUGGUGUACCACCCAUGGAGGAAGGAGGACGCUGGAAACCAGACCAGAGAGAUCAUGUACACCAUCUCACUGUCCAACCCACUGGCCCCCAAAACGGCAACAGUCACAGAGACUCAGACUCUGUACAAAGCCAGUCAGGAGAGUGAGUGUUACAUCAUCGAUGCUGAGGUUAUCACACAUGAUGUACCAUACCAUGAUUACUUCUACACACUCAAUCGCUACAUGCUCACCAGGGUGGCCAAGAACAAGUGUCGGUUACGAGUGUCAACAGAACUGCGAUACAGGAAGCAGCCAUGGGGGUUGGUUAAAGGCUUCAUCGAGAAAAACUUCUGGAGCGGUCUAGAAGAGAACUUCCGUCAUCUGGAGGUGGAACUGUCUAAACUGGAGGAGAUUCUGACUGAGUCCCAUCAGCUGUCUCCUAAGGCCAAGGUGGUGAAGAACUCCACGGUGCGGCGGAAGAAGAGGCCACUCACUCACAUGCGCAGCCAGCAUCUGGACGAGGCCCUGAGCCCCGUUACCACGCCGACAGAUGAGGAGGUGAUUCAGAGGAUCAAACAGGUGGCGGGUUCCACACAGACCAGGCACCAGAGUCCAGACCACCAUCACCUGCCUGGAGGCUUUGCUCUGUACAGCGUCUCCAAACUGCUGCUCAUCAUCAGCUUUGUGAUCUGUCUAAGCCUGAUCCUGCUGGUGUUCCUCAACAUGAUGCUCUUCUACAAGCUCUGGAUGCUGGAGUACUCUGCACAGUCCUUAACCACUUGGCAGGGUCUGCGACUUCAUGAAAGUAAACUGCCUCAGACACAGAUGGAAUGGGCCCAGCUCCUGGAGGCACAGCAGCGUUACCAUGACUCCGAGCUGCAGAAGUGGAGAGAGAUCAUCAAGUCAUCAGUAGUGCUGUUAGACCAGAUGAAAGACUCUUUAUUGAAUCUCCAGCGAGGCAUUGGUUUAAGGGACUACGGCUCUGAGGCUGAGGAGAAGAGAAGCCGCUAUCACUGACACAUCACUACAAGGUCAUGAGGGCAUGUUGUGCAAUAUAGGACCUGUUUUGUUUGUGAACCAGUAUGCAGGCAGCAGCAAGACAGAGACAGGACAGAGGGGGAGGCGGGACCAACAGGGAGCUGGUCCAAUGGAGACAAACAGAGGAACAGUCGUCUCCUGCGCACAGAGGUUGAGCCCCCCCCCACCCCACACACACACACACACACACACAAACACACACACUCGGAAGAGGAAACCAUGGACAGGAAGUGCCCCUUUCACACAGGAACUGAGGUGUCCCCAACAGGCUUUUACAGGUGCAAGACCCAGACCUUGUCUUACACCUGCGGGUUGACUGUUUCCUUCUAAUCGUAUUUCCAAGUGCAUCCUACUGUAAGCCAUGUCAACCAGGGGAGUGGUAGAGAGACAGAAGGAAGACUACUGCAUGCUUUUAGACAACUUAGCUCCCCUCAGUCAGUGUUAAUGUGGUCCAGUUCCCAUCUACGUGUGUCAAAAAACUGAGAACAGAAGAAGAGGAGAGUUAAGGGGGGUGCGUUCAAGUCUUAAUGGCUUUCUUCACUCUCUCGACUGUUCCAAACCAAUCGUCCCCUAGAGGGCCUCGCUGCAGCGUCCCUUUCAUAAACCUCCACUUGAUCAGACUGUAGUGUUCUGCCACAAACAUAAAGGGAAAAAAGUAUUGUAGCUGGAACAUUAUCUCCACAGAUUAGUCUCUAUUGCCUUUAUUGGUCUUGUCAGGGCUGGUUCCCUGUCAGACUGUUGCAAUAUUUAUACUGGUUUAUCUAUUGUUUAGGUUACAGUUAUGGUAAGCUUUUAAACUGUAUUUUUUAUCCUUUUAGCCAUUUCAAAGGAAUCUGGUGUCGCAGUCAUUUCCAGUAAAAGCUGCCCCUGUCCCAUUUCAGUUUGUAUUAACACACAGGGCUGCAUUUCCCCUUCUUUCUGAUAAACUAGAAUGUAUUAGUGUGAAAAAGGCUCAACUUUGAUCAUAAGAUGUCUGAAAAAGGGACGCUGCAGCCACACUUGUAGGGAGACUUGUGUUCUUACAUGUUUUAUUACUAAACUGUGAUUAUAUCUCUCUAAGAUGUUUCAAAAUAGAAAGAAUUCUAUGAAUAUAUUUGAAAUAUAUGAGAAUAUUUCAUUAUUUAAUAUAUAUUUCAAAAUAUAUAAACAUUACCUAUAUUUAUUGUUAAUUUAUGUACAUAAAGAAAUUAUCAGAGCUCUAGAGCAGAAUUUCUAACAAAAAGUGUUUUCUUCUGAAACUGAAAUGCAUGCCAGAUAUGUCUGUGACAUGUCCAGUGUGCAAGUAUGAGUCUGCAUUUGCGCGAUUAUAUUCGCGCAUGUCUAUGUCUGUGUGAAUGAGAGUGUGUAUGUGCGUGCGUGCAUGCAAGUACGCACAAGAGUGUGCUGGAAAGUGUGACAUUUUUACCAUUCCACACUUGUAUGUCUCUUAGUUUUUUUUCUGGCUCACACAGCCAGCGCUGCCUUUUUUUAUGCUAAUGCAUUUGAAUGCCGCCUUGCAUUAGCCCUGCCAGGGUACAGUUUACAACCGGAGAGUUUUGUUCCAAAAUGACAUGUCCAACAUUUAAAUAGGGUUAAUUCCACUUUAAUCACACAAGCUAAAAGUUAAUGAAACUAUUUUUUUGAUAAAUGCUAAAUCAAAAGUAGAUAAAUUGUUUGCAAAUGUAAAGAGGGACAAAUGUGAAAAUCUCUAGUUUGAAAAUUUAAUGAUAAACAUUACUUGGAGUAUUUUUCUUGUGAAUGAAUACAUGUCAUUUUGGAACACUGUGAACUCUUCAUAUUCCCUCUGUGAGCCACUUUUGUCCAUGUCAACACAUUAGUGGCUCAAAACCUUUAGUUUAAAAACAUGUUCUGCAACCCAAAUUAACUUCCCCCUCCCCAUUUCAAGUGUCUGUCUUGGAUGCAAAAGCAUGAGAAUUUACACAACUAAAUGAACCAAAAGAAGGAAGAAAUGUACGUUCACCUGAAAUCAUUAUUUUAAAUUAAAUAUUUACCAUGCAUUUCAUGUAUUGUAUAUGUAUUCCAAAUUAGGUGCAGUAAGAGCAUCUAUCAAGAGUUUGUCACGAGACCACUUGGUGCUGACAAACUUCAGCAAUGAAAGCACUUCCAAAACAAUACAAAUCUUCCCAGUGUAAAAAA